GGUGAUGAGACUGGUAUCAUGGACGGCCUGUUGGAGGCACUGCAGUCUGGAGCUGCGUUCAGGAGGAAGAGAGGACCCCGACAAGCAGCUAACCGGAGAGGAGGUGGCCACCCAAUGACGAACAUCCUGGCCAAAGAGCUGAUGCAGGAAGAGGCCGCGCCCAAGAAGAAGGGGGCGGAGAGUAAGGAGGAGCCUCUGGGGGACGCCGAGUCGCUAGAGAACCUGCUGGAGGACAUCCCCUCCCGCUCCCACUAGCCUCCCCGUCACCAUGACAUCUUAUGGACUUCCUGUAGCGGCCGCAAAAACGGACUGACCGGUGGGGCUCUUGACUGAACACCCCCCCCCCCCCCUGCGUCCCUCCCCCUCCCGUAGAGUAUGCUGGCUUGCGAUUUGCUGCGUUUUCUUACUGAAGUGGCACCGUGCCACUGAAGACUGGACCUCACGGUCACUUUCGGUCAUCUUUUUUUUUCUAUCAUCAAAUUCUUUAAUCUUGCUCUUUCUCACAUUACUCUUCCUGCUUCCUGCUUCUCUGUGGGGCCCUCCCAACAGAAGGGCAUCACGGGAAAAAUCCAAAGACGCACUUGGACGGAACCGGUCAGAAUUUUUUUAUGUCAAUUCCCAAUCUGCAGCUGCCAACUCCCAAGUCUGCAUCUGAGAUCCUGCCAGGAUUGGGCUGCCUGCUCAAAGCAUCCUGCAUCCAGACUUGGGGAUUUGUUGUUUCUGUUUGUGUUUUUGUCUGUUUUUUUUUUUUUCAACAUACAGUAGUCCUUCUGUAGUCAUAUUUUUUUUCUUCAUUUUGAUUAAUUGAAAAGGCAAAAAGAAUAUAACUUGCUCGUUUAAUAAGUUUCAGUACCUGUGUGAAUUUAAAGAGGUGAAAAUAAACAUGUACAGUAUGUGAUGCUGUGUACACAUAUUCAAGUGCCAACUCUGAGGUAGGGAUUAUGAAACUGCACAUUUCAGUACUCGCCUCGUCCAAUGAGAGUGAGUUAUGGUGGAAGGGCAACCAGUCACAAACCUCCUUAUUUAGUGGUUAACAUUCUGUUUUUUUGCUACAGUAGUCUGCGCCCGAGUGAUGUUUAUGAUGGGUGAUGUUUAUUAGGGGUAGAGAUCUGAAAGGUCUGCUCCCUAAAACACAUGAUUUGUUUUGCUUUGUGUUUUGUGUUUUGCUUUGUGUUUUUGCCACUUUUCUGUCACUUUUUCGUCAUCUGAAACGUUCUGCUGUUGAUUAUGUUUCUAAAUAUAGAGAGCCUCUGAUCACGAGUGGCCCCAGCC